CAGAACUACAUACUCUGCCUCUUAGAAAACGUAGACGUGUUUUUUUACGGGGGGAGGUAGUUUAUCGAAGUUAUUUCCUGUAAGAAACUGAAAGUAAAUUCGACAACUAUUUUAUGUAGCUUCACCCGAGACUGCUCGACAGCAGGAGAAAUGAGUUGUUAUGGCGACCAGCACGCAAUGCUGUCCUUAGAUGAUGUGCUGUCCCCUCCUGGUGACUUCCAGGUCCUGUUGCUGACAUUAGAUUCUGUGUCUCUGAGCUGGAGUUCUCCUCAGGGGCUGACAGGACCACAGACAUUCAGAGUGACCUGGGGGUGUGACGGUGAAACAAGCUCAACAAGAGUGAAAGGUGGGCAUCAUCUUGAAAUAAGCAGUCUCAAACCUGGUGAAAAGUACCAGUUCAACAUGGCUACAGAGGGAGAAGAUGGAAGACAAAGCAGAUGGGUCUCAGCAUCCCUAUCCACAGUGGUCCCACCCAGAGAUUUAAAGAUAGACCAUUUGGGAGAUACCUCAUUCACUCUCCACUGGUCCAAGGCUGAAGGGAUGGAGAAAGUCCCACAGCACUUCUUCAUAUCCAACUGCAUCCCAGGAACAGACACCCUCACAGCCAUUACUGACGACUGCCACAAAACUUUCUCAAACCUGCAACCUGGUACUGAGUACACUGUUAGUGUUACAACUGUGCUGAGCAAUGGGGAACAGAGUGAAUCUGUCUCUACAACAGUCUGCACUAUACUUCCUGCUCCAGAGCAGCUGAAUGUUGACUCAGUGGACACCACAUCAGCUGCUGUUAGCUGGAACCAGCCACCAGGAUUGGACCAAACCCAACAUCAUUACCAGAUCUCUUACCGCUGUCCAGGGAAAGAACCACACAUCACUACCACAUCUUCACACAGCAUCACUCUCUCUGACCUGAAACCUGCUACUGAAUACUCAGUCACUGUCUGCACUGUGCUGGGAAAUGGAAAGCAAAGUCAACUGGUGUUAACAACCUUCACCACAGUACCCACUGCUCCUGUCCAGCUGACUGUUGACUCAGUGGACACCACAUCAGCUGCUGUUAGCUGGAGCCAGCCACCAGGAUUGGACCAAACCCAACAUCAUUACCAGAUCUCCUACCGCUGUCCAGGGACAGAACCACACAUCACUACCACAUCUUCACACAGCAUCACUCUCUCUGACCUGCAAGGUGGUACUCAGUACUCUGUCACUGUCUGCACUGUGCUGGAAAAUGGAAAGCAAAGUCAACUGGUAUCAACAACCCUCACCACAAUACUUCCUGCUCCAGACCAGCUGACUAUUGACUCAGUGGACAUCACAUCAGCUGCUGUUAGCUGGAACCAGCCACCAGGAUUGGACCAAACCCAACAUCAUUACCAGAUCUCCUACCACUGUCCAGGGACAGAACCACACACCACUACCACAUCUUCACACAGCAUCACUCUCUCUGACCUGAAACCUGCUACUGAAUACUCAGUCACUGUCUGCACUGUGCUGGGAAAUGGAAAGCAAAGUCACCAUGUGUCAACAACCUUCACCACAGGAUCCUGUCUCAAGGAGCUGUUGUCAAAGACUGGACUAGAAGAUCAUUAUGAAAACAAGCUGACGUUAAGUACUGUCCUUGAGAUAAAUGCUGAUACUACAUCAGAUGAACCUCUUACCACUAUGCAGUCACUUCCAGGGGCGUUCCUGAAGAAAUUAAUGAUGGCAAAUGUGAAUGCUAGGAGUGUGAAAUGUCUGACCACUGACCAGGAUGUUUCCUAUUGUGGUGUAGACAACCUGACCACUGACACUGAUACCAGCAAUGUAAUUAAUCCACUGGACCUGAUAACUGCCCUGUUUCUGUGUUCAGAUGGUUUCCUGCAGCAGGAGUUGGUCCAGAAAAUGUCCAUGUGUCAUGUGUUUGUGGAGGACAGAAUUGUUGUCUCUGAUAUUCCUAUGGUGUCCUUUGUUAGGAUAGGAGAGAGCAGCUUGUCCAAGUCUCAUAUUUUGAACAAGUUGCUUAGUAACCCUCAACAGUACCAUGACACUUUUGUUCAUCAUGAUAUGGAAUGUGGUGACGUCCCUCAUAGAAUCUCAGAUGAUCUGGUUGAAAUCAGCUGGUACUUUCCAUGUGGGAACAGAAACAUAGACAUGUUCACAGAGCCUGUGGCGGUGGCCAAUCUCAGAGGAGACAUCAGGUCCUUUGAAACACAGUUCUCCUUUCUGUGUCAAACAUCAGCUGCAGUUUACAUUUUCAUUGAUGAUUUGGAGUCAGAUCUCAAGGUUUUGGAAGGAAAAAUCACAAAAGCAGAGAUACUUCUGGUUGUCAACUCUCAGAAUAAAACAUUCAGGGUGGACACAUUGAAGAAAAUGAUCACAAACUACAGUAUCAACCCAACAAAUUUGAUUGUGAAGAAGAAGCAGAAUGAUGCAGAAUUUGUCAAAACCCUGCAGUCAUCUGUGGGUGACAUCAUUGAAAAAAGAAAAAACAGAUUGACAAUUGAAAACAUGGUUGACGUGGCUCAUCAGUUUGGGAUUCUGGUUGAUGAAGACAGUGAUGAGUGUCAGAGUGCCAGGAAGAUGGCAGAUGAAAUCACCAGGAACAUCAAAGACACAAUCAAAUUCAAAGACAAACAGCUACCCUUACAAGGAACAAUCUGGAAAGAGCUUUCCCAGUUGGAGAAAGAGAGAUGUAGACUGAGAAAACAAGGGGAUCAAGACAUUGAACACUACAAGAGCUCUCUGAAGAAAAAGGAGAAAGAGCUGAGAAAGAAACAAUAUACAUGUGACAUGUCAGAUGUAAUGGCAAGCUUCAUUUUCGGAAUGUCAAGAUCAGGACCUGAGCAUUCCUAUUUCCUCAAAUGGAUGAGGAUAAAUCUGGACAAUCUGUCACGUCAGAACCUGUCUGCUUUGCGGAACCAGUACAAAGAUCUUUGCCAAAAUUCUCCGGAGAAAAAAGACGACAUUAAAGAUUUGGAUAAGCAAUUAUCUGACUGUUCCUUGGGUCUUGAACACUUCCUGCGUGAGUUGGGCCAGUUAUAUGAAGCUUCCUGCUCCCUCCCUGAAGACAGUCCUCAAAGGAAACAGAUGGAGCAUCUCCCUGGAUUGUGUGCUCAGAUGCUGUUGGAUGGUUUCCCCAUUGAGCUUGUGGAUGGAGAUGCAUCAAAUAUCCCUCUGAAAUGGAUGUCAGCUGUUCUGACUCAGCUUCAUACUCUUGUGGACUCUAACAGCAAGAUCUGGGUUGUGACAGUUUUAGGGGACCAAGGUACUGGGAAGUCCACUCUCCUCAACACCAUGUUUGGUGUCCAGUUUGCUGUCAGCAGUGGAAGAUGCACCAGAGGGGCCUUCAUGCUACUGAUUAAAGUCAACAAAGAACUCAAGGAGGAGCUGAAAUGUGACUUCAUCAUGAUCAUUGACACAGAGGGGUUGAAAUCACCAGAGUUGGCUCAACUAGAUGACAGCUAUGAACAUGACAAUGAACUGGCCACACUGGUGAUAGGACUCAGUGAUGUCACUAUCAUCAACAUCGCCAUGGAGAACUCCACAGAGAUGAAAGACAUUCUACAGAUUGUUGUUCAUGCUUUUAUCAGGAUGAAGGAAGUGGGGAAGAAGCCAGUAUGUCAUUUUGUGUACCAGAAUGUGUCAGACAUGUCUGCUCAUGACAACAACAUGAGGGACAGAAAGAAGUUGUUGGAACAGUUGAAUGAAAUGACCCAGGCAGCAGCCAGAAUGGAGAAGAAGGAGAAUAUCACCAAGUUCACUGACGUGAUGGAAUAUCAUCCAGACACAAGCAGCUGCUAUAUCCCAGGACUCUGGCAUGGGACUCCCCCUAUGGCUCCAGUCAAUGCUGGAUACAGUGAGGCUGUGUAUGACUUCAAGAAGACCUUGAUGAAAGAUUUCAGAAAUUGCCAGAGUAAUGAUGACAUGACACAUUUCCUGAAGUGGACACAAAGCUUGUGGGAGUCUGUGAAAUUUGAGAAAUUCAUCUUCAGUUUCAGAAACAGCUUGGUUGCAGAUGCGUACUCCAAAUUAUGCUCUGAGUACAAUGGUUGGGAAUGGACCUUCCAGAAGGAGAUGUAUACAUGGAUGGUGAGUGCUGAAACUAAAAUAUCCAAUAUUGGAAUGACAGAUCAAGAUCCCCAGAGGUCCAUAAGAGAUGUGCUACAAGACUUCAUGAUAGAAGCAUCUAGGAAGCUUUCAUUGGGAGAAAAGGAAAUCCAAGACAAUCUAGUGAAAUACUUUGAAAAGCAAGAUGGCCAUGUCAAUCUGGUGGAAAAAUACAAGGAGGACUUUGUGUCCAGUGCCAAAACACUGAGACGAGAGACAGAAAACACAGUGAAGAACACACUGCAUGGAGCUGUUGAAAUCAAAGAGGGAAUGACAGAAAUGAACAACAUCAAAAGUUCUCAGGCAAGUACAAUGGAAAAGAAGGUUCUGACUCUGCUGCAGAACUGUAGAGAGAAAUAAUCUGUUCUAUCAGAUGAGGAACUCAGUAAAGAGUUUGAAAUCAUGUGGAAAAACACUCUGUCUGAGAUACACUUUAAAGGACUCCCAAUAAGAGAUGUGGCUCAGGAUGCCUUCCUCAUGUUAAAUGGAAAUCUAUCAACAAGGGGUGGGCACGUCAAUAGUAUGGUGGUUGGAAACAUUCUGGUGGAUUGUGGUAAAAAAGAAUUUGUUUUGGAAACUGGGGGUUUAGGGAAGAGACUUGAGAGCUUAGUUAAGCACUGGGACAUCAACCAUUACAGGAAUAAACUACAAGAGUUGUGUGACGACAUCAUAACACAGUGUCAGUUGUUUAUAACACAGAAGGUGAAAAGCAAAACAGAUUACCACGACACUUACAUCAAAGAGCUGCUGAACAAGAUUGAUGAAACAAUAAAACAACACAAGAAUGUUAAAAUCAGUGAGGAAUGUGAGGUUUCUCUCAAACAACACAUCUGUGGCAGAGCAGCCAGAGAGUUCCAGAAGAUGCAUAAUGAUUUCAUCUCACUCAAUGACCCAAGGAAGUGUCUGGAACUGUCUAAGAACAAGUACCUUACUGAGUUCAAACACAUAUUUCACAACCAAGAUCAGUGCCUAAAGAAAGCUGAGGAGUUCUCUAAGCUCUUACGACCAGCUGUACAGGACUAUGUGACCAAAAUGAUUGGUCCUGAUGUGGUAGAUGAAGUGAAGACAGGUAAAGGAUCAAAGGAUUACAGCACAAGAGGGGCUUUCCAGUUCUCCAUUUUGAAACAACUCCUGACUGAUGGAAAAUAUGAGAAAUAUAAAGAGUACAUUAACUAUUAUGAAAAGUUUGUGAAGAACUGGCUGUUUGACCAGAUUGUCCAACAAUUGUUAAAGGACUGUAGUCUGGAGAAAUUGGAGAAGAAACAUAUUUCAGAGAUAGUCAAGAUGAUCACUGACACAAUCUCUAACAUCAGAGAAACAACUGGCACAAAACAUGUAAAUGAUGUCAAGACAUUCAUUCAGAACAUCUGCAGAGCCCUUGAAGAUAAGCUGGUCCUCAAGGAUGCUCUGGAGUCCAUCUUGAUUCUGAACACUGCAGACACAAAACAGUUUGCUGUCUACCUCACAGAGUUUGUGAGAGAAAUGGAGAAGUCACUAGCCGUUACGUACAACCAUAAAAGAGAUAUUGAAGAGAGACUCAAAUCUCUGCCAUUCAAGCCUCAGGACAAGAUGUUCACCAAUUUGUUUGGCUGCGGCAAGCAAUGUCCUUUCUGCAGUGCACCCUGUGAUGCAGGGGGGAAGGAGCAUGCUGAACACUUUACAAAUAUUCAUCGUCCAAAAGGUCUAAAUAGAGUAAUGUUCAGACCUACAAAUAAGUUAGUAACUAACAUAUGUUCCUCUGAUGUGACCAGUGAUUUAUUAUUCAUCCACCCCCUGGUGACGGGAGAGGAUGGUCAUCCCUACAAGGACUACAGGAAAUAUUACCCUGACUGGAUCAUAACUGGAGAUCCCAGCAUUGAGGCUUCAAACUACUGGAAGUAUGUAAUGGCCAUAUUCAAUAAGAGAUUUGCUAAAGACACAAAUGCACUCCUUGCUGAUAUCCCAGAGGACUGGAAGGCAUUAAAACCUGGUGAUGCAAUGAAGAGCUUGAAAGAGGCUUUCAACAUGAAAUGAAGUGGAGUUCUACUGUAUAUAAUGACUGUUGUUUACCAACAUGUUAACAUAUCAUUUAACAUUCAAAGACUUGACAACCAUAAAUAACUCUCAUGACAUGGAUAUAUCACAGAAUCAAAAUGUGAGGAGCCAGUCGCCCAGAGUUGUUGAAAUAAUGUGCAGAUCUGGAAAUACACAACUGGAUCACAGAAAGUCAUAUUUACAAAUAUAUUAAUAAACUAUAUGACGUCUUAGCAAUUUACAGGUCUGUGUUUUCAUCUUAAUGUAAGUUUUAUUGUGAAAAAUGCAUUUCUUGUUUCAAAUAGAGGUAUUACACAUUCAUUAUAUUUUCAAUAAUUUACUUAAUCAAAAAUUAUUACUUAGAAGAUUUAAAACAUGUUUUUUUUUUCCACACCUUAAUAGUGAUUUGUUUAAUGACGUGGCCGGUUCUGAAGGUAUUUCCCAAUGUUCAAAGUCAAUCUUGAGGGAUAUGCCUGGAUGAUGAUUUUCUUGUUGUUGAUGAUUUUAUUUUUGCUGUUAAUGAUGAUGAUUAAAUGUUUCUAGUUAAUGACCACAAAUACAGUGAUUAUGAUAAUAAUGUGAGUUUGAACUCAGAGCUGGAGGGAAUGACUUUCAGUUGGGCAAAGUUAAUUUUGUUUAUUAUUAUUAUUAUCACUUACAAAUAAUGUUUUUUUGUUGUUGCAGUGAACACAUAGUUUACAGACAUAUCGUGAGUUAAUGCAAAUGAUGAAUACAAAUCAAUUAAAACAUUAUUUGGUUUAAAUGAGAAAUACGGUACAUCAAUAAAAAAAUGUACACUAAUUGUUCACUUGGAAUCUGUUCUCUACCAUUUUAAUCAGCUAGAUGCAAAUAAAGGCACACAAAGUGUGUAUCAAGUGUCUCAAAGUAAAGUGCUGAUCUAGGAUCAGGUCCUCCCUGUCCAUGUAGUCUUAUUCAAUGUGAUCUAAAAGUCUAAACUGAUCCUAAGUUAGCGCUCUUGCUCUGAAUACUAUUGAUGUUCUGUGUUCUAUUGAUGUGAUCAGCCCCUGGUAAUAAAGAAAAUACCAGAAUUAACCACCA